AUGAACGGCGACGAAGAAAGAAAUGGCGAAGAAGCCGAAAAUAUUGAACAAUUUGAUCUUAACCUGGCGUAUCGAUUCCUCGAUUCACUCCCAAACGAUGUUCACAUCUUAAACAAUUUGCCAGAUCCGUUGAAAAUUACAAGGAUCAAUCUUGCCGGAAACACCAUUUCAGUUCUCCCCGAUUCAAUAGCAACCUUUCCGAACCUUAGAGAAUUGGAUGUCUCUGCAAAUGGCUUGGCUUAUAUCACUCCACGAAUCGGCGAACUACGGAAUCUCAAACGCUUGUUGGCAAAGAACAACAACUUGGCCGAUUUACCGAAAGAGUUCGCUUCCCUUUUGGCUUUAGAACAUCUUAAUUUGAGCGGUAAUCGAUUUGUAUCGUUUAUGCCCCAAAUGUUUGAACUGGUAGCACUCAAAGCAUUGCUUUUAGGAGGGAAUAGAAUCGACGUUAUUCCACCAGACAUUCAUCGUCUCCAAAGGUAAGGUUCGUAAACAGUACGGUUCGAAAUUACCAUUUUCAGCAAGCAAUUAUUUCGCAUAAAUUUUGUUUAUCUUUUAUGCAUAGCCUGAGGAAAUUUUUCUUCCUUUGGUCUUUACCGCUACCAUUUUUAUCAGCAUGUUCAUUUUGUAUAAAUGGAAUUAACAUGGUUCUAACUUGCCGUAAUUUUUCGCAAUUGCUGUGCUCGUGAUAUCGUUUCCAUGUUAGGCCAUGUCUUACAUGUACGUGCUGAAUCAUCUGGGUUACGUAAGGUCUCUCUAGAAGAUGUGUUAAGGCCUAAAGAAACGCUUUGUUCUUCUGUUACUCAUUUAUUCAUUCAUUCAUUUGGCUUAUUAGUUUUGUGAAAACUCUUUUAGUCUAGCUCCGCGAUACAAAUUUUCUAGUGUGAGCAACUGAACGUCAAACCAUGGUAAUUCACCUGUAAUACAAUAGAUAAAAUAUCGAUAGCUUGGUAAGCCCACUUAAGGGCAGCACUUUCCUAAGAAAAAUGAAAAUUUCCUUUAAUUUUAGUUCAUAUGACACAUUUCUUUUUCAAGUACUACUGCUUAAGUGGUGUUCAUUACUGCGAGGAUUGCUUUUGUAUUCAUUCCUUAAUCCUCAGUUCACAUUUAACAAUUGGUUCAUACGUCAGCGUGCGUUCAUCGAGAUGUGAAGCACUUGGGAAGUUUGGAGAGCACGAAAGAUGCAUUAGAGUUGCUUGAGGCGUAGCCAAGAGCAACUCUAGCUUCUUGAGUGCUCUCCAAACUUCCCAAGUGUUUCAUAUAUUGAUGAACACGCAGCUGACGUAUGAACCAAUUGUUUUAUAACAUUUUAAACCCGAUGGAAAAUUUUUUUUCUCAAGGGAUUUGUUUGCUGACAUCAUGAGUGUGCAUGAAGCAUGCUUGCGCAAUUGAAUUUGAGUAGACAAAUUUACUAGCUAUGUUAUAAAUAUGAUUUUCAUAUAUUCACAGUUGUUGAUUCAUCAUUUCAUAGGUUUAUUACAAACCAAUAUAAUGACCAGCUCCCAGUUGGCUUGUUAGCUCAGUUGGUAGAGCACUGCAGCAGUAUCAUAGUGGUCAUGGGUUCAAAUCCUGUACAGGCCAGGUUUUUUCCAGGCUCUAUUUCAUUACUACUUAAGUAGUAUUCAUUGCUGCAAAGAUCACUUUCAUAUUCAAAAAGUAAGUUACUUUAACAAUUUUGAAGUCAGAUUUGUUGCCUAAUUUUUGUGUACCAUACAUCACACAGGUUGGAAAUUCUUUAUCUUGGUGGCAAUCAGCUGGCAUCUGUACCAGCUGAACUGGGUAUGCUGCGCAAGUUGAAGGCUCUCAACCUGUGCGACAACAAGAUUGAAUCACUGCCUUCGACAUUUGCAAAACUGACACAUUUACAAUCUUUGAGUCUACACAGUAACAGAUUGACACUGCUGCCAGUUGGACUUGUAAAACUACGAAACCUGGAAGAGUUAAGUCUAAGAGAAAAUCCUCUUGUUGUGCGAUUUGUUAGAGACAUGGCAUUUAACCCUCCUUCGUUGUUAGAAUUAAGUGGUCGUUGCAUAAAAAAUACAGGUGUCAAAUAUGGUCCACAAGACCUACCUGCUCAUUUACUUCAGUAUCUGAAUAGUGCUCGCCGUUGUGUGAAUCCAUGCUGCAAAGGAGUGUAUUUUGAUGCAAGAGUGCGACAUAUAAAGUUUGUGGACUUCUGCGGGAAAUAUCGUCUGCCUCUUGAACAGUUUCUGUGCUCACCACAUGCUGAUGAAAGAUGGGAAGAUUGUUCUGCGACCAGCAGCAGUGAAGAUGAAGCCAUUGGCAUACCGCGUGAAAGAAUGAGGAGAGUUCUUUUGGGAUAAAAUAAUUUCCAGCACAUUGCAAAAUGCAUAGCCCCUCAUUUGCGACUCUUAAUUCGGGGUUUGCCUUUAUUCAAGAGACACAAACUUUGGUCCUGACUGAAAGAAAUGCCUCUAUGGUAAACUUUGCAUCUGUUGUCUUCACUGACAGUUCGGACUCUUCAGGAAACACUAGUUUUUUUUUUAAGAUGUCCACGUUAUUAUUAACCCUUUCACUUGCCUCAUCUCAAUAUCAGCCCUCUUAACUGUGUGCUGAUACAUUUUAUGUUUUGAACUUAAAUAAUUCAUAAUGGUAAUUGAACUGAGUCAAGUGCAAUUUGGUCUGAAAUCAUAUACAUGUUUUAAACAAUUUAAUCUGCACUGCACUUCUGUUUAAUUUGAAUUUACAAGUGUAAUUUCAGACCAUAUUGCAUAACAUGAAGUUCAGUUAUCACUGUAGGACAUUUGUUUUAAAUUUGCAAAAUUUAAUGACCCAAACACAGGAUUUAAGUUAUCACAAAGUUUUAUUGAUCCAGUACUUGAAGUCAUGGGGACAAAUGUUUUAAAAAAAAUUGCGAUGUAAUGGCUUCUUUCAGUUUUCUGCAGUUUGAUUGGUUACUUUAAUUACUUACCUUGACUGAUUACUUUGUUUGGAUAUUUUGGUGAAGAGUUGCUUUCUCAUUGGGAAAAAGAUGCAAUUAAGAAACAAAAAUGAUGUAAUUUGUGAAUGAAUUGCACUGCUGAGAGCCAAUCAGAUUGCUAGGACCAUUAAUUGCCAGUGAUUUCAAAAUGGAUAAAGCAGAACAGAAAUUCAAACAAUAUCCUCUUUUCUUUCUUCUCCAACCUGCUGUAAAUUGUAUUGAUAUCGUAAGGGGAAAUUCAUUUGUGGUCUUUCUUGGGAGUUACACUGUUAACCCUUUACACCCCAACAUCAGUAUGCAUAUUCUCCAUACUGUUCUCUAUACAUUUCCUAAAGUGCUGGCAGGGAGAAUUUGUUAAACAAUCUAGAGGUUCUUCAGUGAUUAUCAUUUCCUUGCUUCUCAUAACAUGAAUGUUUGAUUCAGGGGUGAUAUUGAAAGGAGAAAUUAGAUACUGGUCACUCUCAGGGAUUAAAGGAUUAAGUGAAUUGCAGGGCUUGUUUAGUGACAGAUGGUUAAAAAAAUAUUUUUUUGUCUCUAAAUUUUUGGUAAUUUUGACAAUGUAGAAAAUAUUUUUAAUCUGACUCUGUUGGUGGGAGAGAGAAGGAGAGAGGGGGGGAGAGAGAGAAAGAGUGUUCAUAAUUUAUUGUAAACAAAUUUACAGCUGAGUAUGUAAUAGAUACAAAAUACCGUCGUGAAGAUAUUUUGAAUUAUAUUUAUUUAUUUUUACAAAAAAUCAAAAUGUUAUGAUUCAUUUUGCUGUCGUUAAUUUUUUAAGUCUCUGAUUAUGUUACAGUAACAUGAUAGUUUGAAUUUGUAAUGUAAACAAAUUUAGCCCUUUAACUCCCAAGCUAUCAUUAGUAAUUCUCCUUACUGUCUGCUCUACAGUUCUUGUGAUGUUAGUUUGGAGAAUUCGUUAUUGGAUCAAUUUAUAAUACCCUGACUGAUAUUUUUCUUUAUUCUCAUUACUUGUCUGCUUGAUAUGGUAUUGAUAUUGUAAGAAGAAAUUCUGUCUUGGUCACUCAUGGUAGUUAAAGCG